AGCGGGCGGGAAGGUGGCGUCCGUCUAGAUUUGUCUGCUUGCGUGGAGACUUCAGGAGUCGCUGUCUCUGAACUUCCAGCCUCAGAGACCACCGCCCUUGUCCCCGAGGGCCAUGGGCCGGGUUUCAGGGCUCGUGCCCUCUCGCUUCCUGACGCUCCUGGCGCAUCUGGUGGUCGUCAUCACCUUAUUCUGGUCCCGGGACAGCAACAUACAGGCCUGCCUGCCUCUCAGGUUCACCCCCGAGGAGUAUGACAAGCAGGACAUUCAUCCACUUCCUCUCUGCAGGCUGGUAGCUGCGCUCUCUGUCACCCUGGGUCUCUUUGCAGUGGAGCUGGCCGGUUUCCUCUCAGGAGUCUCCAUGUUCAACAGCACCCAGAGCCUCAUCUCCAUUGGGGCUCACUGUAGUGCAUCCGUGGCCCUGUCCUUCUUCAUGUUCGAGCGUUGGGAGUGCACUACGUAUUGGUACAUUUUUGUCUUCUGCAGUGCCCUUCCAGCUGUCACUGAAAUGGCUUUAUUCGUCACUGUCUUUGGGCUGAAAAGGAAACCCUUCUGAUCACCUUCAUGACGGGAACCUAAGGACCAAGGCUACAGGGGCAAGGGCCGCUUCGUAUUCCUGGAAGAAGGAAGGCAUAGGCUUCGGUUCUCCCCUCGGAAACUGCUUCUGCUGGAGGAUAUGUGUUGGAAUAAUUACGUCUUGAAUCUGGGAUUAUCCGCAUUGUAUUUAGUGUUUUGUAAUAAAAUAUGUUUUGUAGUAAGAUUAAGACUUGUAUACAGUUUUAGGGGACAAUUGAGAUGGCUAAACUACUGAAGA